CCCGCGCUUUUGUUUUAGUUAACGCUCCCUUUGACGACACGUCUUUUGUUUGGACUCGCGCCACUUAAGGUUGUAAUUACCCCCGCACGCGACCCCCUCCAGCCUCAGUGGAUCAGGCACGCGCGUAGGAGGGGAGGGGAAGGAGGGGGAGACCGUGCCAACCGCAGAAACCGACAGCGCGAGAGCGCGCCAGUACACGGGCGAGCGGCAGGAAGCGGCUGGCGCGCUUUACCUCAGAACGUUCACUGUGGGGAAAAACGCAGCGAGGCGCGAGGAUGCGCGCGGACUGCACGGCGCUCGAGCUCCUGUGUGUUUUCGCCGUGCUGGUCGCAGGCAGCCGCGGCGCGCGAGUCGUGAGCGGUCAGACGGUGUGCGAGGGUGGCCCUGAGCAGCCAUGCUAUAAGAUUGCCUACUUCAGAGACAUGGCGAGCCGCGUGGCCUUCGGGGAGGCUCUGCGGGCAUGUGAGGUUGACGGCGGCUCAUUGUUGAGUGUGGAGAGUGCAGCGGAGCAGCAGCACAUCGAGGGUCUGCUGCAGAAGCUCAGCGGCUCCUCCACAGGCAGUGUUCCAGGCACAGGGCCCACCAUCGCUGACGGAGAUUUCUGGAUCGGCCUCACCCGCGCUGACAGCGACAGCCCCCAGGAGCAUGGGAGCUUCACCUCCUGCCCUGACCUUUACAGAUGGACAGACGGCAGUGUCUCACAAUUCAGGAACUGGUACUUUGAUGAGCCAUCAUGUGGAGGAGAGGCUUGUGUUGUCAUGUACCAUCAGCCCACUGCUCUCCACGGCCUGGGAGGACCAUACCUUUAUCAGUGGAACGACGACAGGUGCAACAUGAAGCACAAUUUCAUCUGCAAGUAUGAGCCAGAGAGCCAUCUGGUGAAAGAACAUGGAGAUAGGCCUGGAGGUCGUGAUGCAGGCCUACCAGAUAUUUCAACAGAACAUGAAGAAGAGAGAAAAACACCUGCUGUUAAUGAGGAUGAAAGCUUUCAUGUCAUGGUGGCAGGACCCUCAAGUAUGCUGCUGAUUUAUGUGAUCAUACCUACCAUUCCUCUACUGCUGCUGAUCCUUGUGGCCUCAGGGACCUGCUGCUUCCAGAUGCUGAGCAAGAGAAAACCACGGACCAAAACGAGUGUUAAUCAGUCAACACUCUGGAUCUCGAAGACGCCAAAGUCAGACAGCGCGAUGGAGGUCUAAAAAAGAGAAAACUCACAUCUUCCCAUAAUGAAAGCAAGCCCUGCUGUGGCCUACCCAGACCUUAUACGGUCUGCAUUCUUGUUUGUCCAGUUGUAAGUUGUAUGUGGUCUUCUAAUGCAAGGUGAUAUGCAUCUCAGUGUAAACACUUUGGUACACUUCACUCUUCUGCAAUAUUCUCUAAGAUGACCCUUGCUCUUUUGGCCCAAAAUGAACCAUUGCUGAUUAUUUAAACGAUCUCAAUUUCAUUUUUUUCACCCAAAACCUCUUUUUCUAAUAGAACUCGCAUUCCUUCAGUCUCCUCCUCUUACUCUCCUCUCCAUCAGAGAGAGUGAUCAGUGCAGUCAGUUGCAGAGGGGAGGCCACCACUAAUUGGCACCAAAACACAGAGCGAUUAAGUUACUGUAAUUAAGACAAGUGCGAAUGGGACUCACAUAAAAAGAGGACUUUGGAGUCCCAGCUGACACUUAAUUGAGUAAAAGUGAUUGAAGACUGCAACAAGAUGAAUUAAGCAGUGACAAAAUGGCAAAAAGAAAAUCUCCGAGAACAAAAUGCAAUCUUCAAUUGAAAAAAAUUAGGUUGACGUUUUAGAAAAUAGAGCAGAGUUAGAUCAAUCGCUCUAGAACUGGGUUCCAGAACUCUUACCACACAAGCUCCAUCACCUUUAUAAAAACAGGUAUUCUCACUGAUGCAGGACUGUUUCAUUAACUUCAAGUGAACAGAACCACUAUUAGAAUGGACUUGUGCCAUUACAUUAGUUCAGCCUAAGUGAACAUGUGGACAUUUUAUAUGAUCCAUUUCAUGUUCUGCCAAACCCACCCUGAUCACUAUUAUAUAUGCAGUUUUAGCAUGUAAUGCCAUUUUUAUCAUGACAUAGUUAGUAAUAUUUGUUUAUCACAGUACUAUUACCUUUAAAAACUGCAUAUAUAAAACUGACAAAUCUCUGUGAUCUCUGUGAUAGUAUGUCAUAUAAAAUGGGAUAAACUGCAUCGUAUUAAUGUUUUGAUUCAAAUUUGUCUGUUAGUAAUCUGCUUGUAAAUGAAGGUAAACAGUGUUCAUAAGAGUGGAUGUAUUGUAUGUGUGUGUUUGGACUGGAGAAGUUGUACAGGAUUGUUUCUUUUUUUAAAUAUUUUUGGGACGGUAACAAAAAUGAAAUAAAGGGAUAAUUGUGAA